AUGCUCAACCCCACUUCCCCCGGCGCCGACGGUGCCUGGAUGUACAAUCGUGCCGUGUUAGCCAUCUACGACAUCUGGGUACUAGGCGUAGUGAACACAUUCGCAUGGCACUGUCCGACAAAAAGCAAACAGCUACCAUUCUUCAAAAAGCAUCUCAGCGCACGCCAUCUAGACAUUGGUCCUGGGACGGGUUAUUACCUAGCCAAUACGGAAAUCCCCUCAACUACCUCCGUCAGCGUGCUUGAUUUGAACCCGAACUGUCUGGAGGAUGCGAGAACUGCCCUCGGCAGGCCGGAUAUGCCUACUUUUCUGGCUGAUGUGCUGGAGCCGUUGCCGCUGAAGGAGAAGUAUGGAUCUAUUUCGACUUUUUAUUUGAUUCAUUGUUUGCCUGGGCCGUUGGGAAGGAAGAUGGUUUUGUUUGAGAAUUUGAAGGAUCAUUUGGAGGAGGAUGGGGUGGUUUAUGGGACGACGAUUCUGGGAACGGGGACGUUUAAUUGGUUUGGGAGGAUUAUUAUGCAUUUUUUGAAUAAGAGUCGUGUUUUUGAUAAUCGGGGGGAUGGAGAGGUUGGAAUUCGGGAGGCGUUGAAGAAGGAUUAUAAGGUGGUGAAGACGGAGAUUGUGGGGAAUAUCCUUUUCUUUGAGGCUUCACAGCCGAUUUUUUAA